GACAGCCCAAUAGCGUCUUUAAUAUUACACUUGUUUUGUGUUAAAGUGGGAGAAAAAAUAUUUCAAGCGCACAAAUUUUAUUGAACAAUGUCUUCGACUCCGUCCAAUUCCGGGAGUGAAACCCUGGACACAUCUUCAACCCAGCGAACUCCAAAGAAAAAGCAAGGAAAUUUGCCAGCUUCAGGUGAUUCGCCCAUCUCAAAUUCUUCAUCUGACUUGAGCCGCAAAAUUGCCGAUUUUAAUGGAGAAAUCUUUGUUGAAAUUGCGGACCCCGGAAAACAACCAAAUUUGGACAAAUUAAUACGCUUCUUAAAUGCGAUGGAUUCUACGGUUGGAACAUUGGAAAAAAUUCGUCUUUCGAUUGAGAAGACGAAAGAUUUAGGCGAAAAAUUGGAGAAUACGGAACCGAUUGAGAACUUAGGCAGCAUGACAUGGACUCCAAGGAAAAAUAAAACAAAAACAUCUUCCAGUUCCGUCGCCAUUUACGAUCUCCUUGUUAGCGUUGGGUAUUAUUUUGGUGUCGCACGAUACGAAGUCCUUCGAGCUAUCAAGGCAAUUCAUGGGCCGAUUAGUCCAGCGAAAAGAGAUAGAUUGAAUCGUUUGUCAACAUUGACCAUUCUCCAUUUGAACGAAAUGAACAACAAACGAGGUGGCAUUCUGGGGGCAAUAGCAAAAAUCAACCAAAAUUACCAACCACGACCAAAUUUACUCCUAUCGGACUGUGAACAUUGUCCCAAUUGUAUUCGACUAUCGAAAUCUGAAAAUGAGCUUGUUGGAUGGUAUCGUACACAUGGACCAAGAGGAGUGAAAUAUUUUUUGGACAAGCCUCCUUCCACAUCCACAUCUGGAGAUAGCGCAAACACAAAUCCAAAUGCGAGCAUGCAUCAGCUGUUGGAUAUGCCGCCAGGAGGUCACAACGAUCCAAAUCACAUCAACACACAACAACAAAACAGUUCCCAGUAUUUGUCGUUUCCACAUGGUACCCAUGUCACGACACAGGUGGAUCUGAACCAAAUGCAAUCUAGUGUCAGUAAUUCAAGUGGUGUAACGAAUGCACCAUGUAUGUCGGCAUCGGAAGGAAACAACAGCUCAAUGGAUGAUGUCAGUGAUUCUUCGUUCGUUCAAUCCAAUGCAUACAGCUCGGGUUAUGGCGGAUAUUGAUCAAACCCAAGCAAAUGCUCAUCAAAAUAACCAGCGUAUGCUGCAACGGGCGUCAGAUCAUACAACGAUAAAAAUAACAGCAGAAAAUAAGACAAGUGAAAAAAAGGAUAGUUUGAUAAUAUCCUUUCUUGAUCUUUCGUUUCAUCCAUUUAAAUAUACUCAGUCGACCAUCUUUGUAUAGUUGGGUUUGUGUCACUGUUCAUAGAAAUCAUUAUUCACAUUAUUCACAUUUGACUUGACUGUGAUGCGGGUGUUUUGAAUUAUUAUUGCUAAAUUACGAAUUCCUGAUCAAAACAAAAGACUUGCAAAUAGAAAAUAUCAAUUCCAAUGUAAACAUAAUGACAAUAAAAUGUAUAGUAGUAAAUUUUGGCGUGAAUAAAGAAAAUAUGUGUUAGGAAA